GCAAAACUCCAGUUGAACCCCAGACAUUGGACAUAUCGUCGAGGAAAGCGUGAUUCAUCUGCUUAUUUUCACUCCGACGAAUUUCGCCGAAUCUACGAGGAAUUUGCGAGGAAUCUACGAGUGUCGAAAAGAGGAAACCUAACCUAGACAACGAAUCGACCAUAAGCUGACGAUGUCGUUGUUACCGUUGCUGUUCUCCGCCUGGUGGGCGGACUUGGAUCGGCCACAUCGUCUCUGGGACCAGCAUUUUGGCAUGGGUCUUAACCCUGACCAGCUGGUUUUGCCCUCGAUGGACAGAUUCUCACCUCUGAUCGGCAAGUCUCCUUUGGAUUUUUACUAUAGACCGUUGACCGAGUUUUUGCGCCGUGGCGAAGGUGGCACGUCGACCAUAACCGCGGACAAGGACACGUUCAAGGUGAUAUUAGACGUGCAUCAGUUCGCGCCAGACGAGAUCAACGUGAAGCUAGUGAAUCGGUUCGUGGUGGUCGAAGCCAAACACGAAGAGAAGAAGGACGAGCAUGGUUUGAUCUCGAGGCAAUUCGUGAGAAAGUACUACCUACCCGAGCAAGUGGACGAGGAUAAGCUGGCGUCCAACAUAUCGUCCGAUGGCGUGCUGACAAUCACGGCACCACUGAAGCAGACCGAGGAAACGUCCAACGAGAGGACCAUCAAAAUCGAAUUCACGAACAAACCUGCCAUUCGUACUAGUGUAUCAUUUGAAGAACCUGCUAUCACCACUACUACAGAGUCUAAGAAACAGGAUACCGAGCAGAGCCGCGAGGAAGUGACUGAAAAUGCGACCGAGGGGAAGCCUGAGAAAUAAGACUUGAUUUUUGCAUUUAAUUUAUAUUCCAUGUGUACAAUUUUAUUGUUACUUCCAUUUUUAUAUUCGACGAUGGUAGAUGUUCCACGUGUUAUGUAUGUUAAAUAUGUACUGUUGUAAAAUGUUGUAGUAAGAAAG